CUUCUUCCUUCAUGCACAGACAAAAUUGCCUCUUGAGCCCGCAGCCGCUGCACCUUCGGCGAGCGGCCAACGUCGCUGCUAUCACCCCCUGUUCAUACCGGAGCCGUCUCCGCCGCGAACUGGUUCGUGCGACUUCUCCUCUCAUUCUUCUUCCCCUACCCCCAAGACCAGAGCUCGUCUUCACCGCACCUCCGACGUCAGACACACCGCGGCAUUCGGAGUUGCCGCCACGACGGCGUCGAGGUUGUCACUCGCCACCACCUGAGCUUCACCGUGAUGUUGUUCUUGUUCAAGCUUUGCCCUAGUUACGCUUUUUGAUUCCUCUGUGAUUCUGUGUUGGGUGAUAAAACGAGUUGAGUUUAGGAGAAUGAGACGAGUUGUUCAAUGGAGAAGAGUGGGUCUUUGGAGUGUAGGUCUUUAAUAGACUCGGUGUCCUGUUUACUUUUUUAAUCCUUUUAAUUUCUUAAAGGGAUUGCAAAUAAUGUCUUAUCAUAGCAUUGUUUCGUCGGGAAAUGAUCUUAAAUAAUCAUUAGUUUGUAGGUUUGAGUGAUUAGUUCGUAUGUUCUUCCCUGAUGAAUCCAAUUUAGCCAUAUUUAUAUUAAUCAAUCCAAGACCAGUCCACAUAUAGCAAGAACAGAAAUGAUUUCACCAACCCUUUGUCGUGUUGUCCCUCUGAAACCCACCUUGCUCAGGUUGUUAUCCCCAUUUUCCACAACCCCUCAUAGUGACACUGCCAUCUUGGCGCGUCUGAAACACAAAGACUGGCUCACUCCGAAAGAAGCCACCACUCUCUUAACCUCCCUCACAGACGCUUCCUCCACCCUCUCCUUCUUUAAUCUCUACACCUCCCGCAAGGACUUUGACCCCACCGAACCCUUUUGCACCACCCUUGUUGCCAAACUUGCCCAUGCCCAACACCUCAACCCUCUCCUCACCCUCCACCAUGCCCUCACCCUCCCUCGCCCCCAAAGACGCCAUUUUUCUGAUAACUUCUUUUUCACCCUUAUCAAAGCCUAUGCACACUCCUUUCAACGCGUGGACCACGCACUUCGCACCCUCCACGAAAUGCCCUGCCCCCCCUCUACACGCACAUUCAACUUUGUCCUCAACCUUCUUGUUAACACUCGUCUCUACUGUGCGGCACACAACCUCUUCCUCCAUGCACCACAGCUCGGUGUGACACUUGAUGCUUGCUCGUUGAACAUCCUCAUCAAGGGGCUUUGUGCCCAGGGGGAGUUAAAUGCAGCCUUUCAGUUGCUGGAAGAGUUUCCUGGGCUGGGAUGUAAGGCGAAUGCACGGACCUAUGCGACAUUGAUGAAGGGGUUGUGUGAGAGAGGGAGGAUGGACGAGGCUUUUGGGUUAUUGGAGAGGAUGGAGGAUGGAAGUGUAGAUGCUGAUGUGGCAGUUUUCAAUAUUUUGAUUAGGGGCUUGAGGAAGGGAGGGAGGGUGGAUGAGGGGUGGAGGGUGUUGGAGGGGAUGAUGGGGAAGGGUGUGUCCCCUAAUGGCGGAUCUUAUAAUGAGGUUUUGUGUGGGUUGGUUGAGGAUGGGAGGUUUGAGGAGGCUAAGAAGGUUGUGGAGAGGAUGGGGGUGGAAGGUUUUGUGCCUAGUUUUGAGUCUUAUAAGGGUUUGGUUAAGGGGUUUUGUGAGUGUGGGGUGGUUGGGGAGGUUGAGUGGGUUGUUAGGGAUAUGGUGAGGAAGGGGUUUGUGCCCAAGAUGGGGAUGUGGGGUAAGAUUGUGCAGUGUGUUGUUGAAAGGGAAGGGAGUUCUGGGUGCGUGGCUGUAGCUAUUGAUGGUGUUUCGGAGGAUGACAAAUGACAACCACCCCCAUGAGGCCAUUAUGUGAUACAUUGGUCCUAGGAUGUUUGUUUUCAGUCAGCUCACAUGUUGAGGUCACAUUUGUGUAUCGUGCAGCCUAGAAUUUAUGUAGUCCGGGGAUUACCAGAAUUCCAGGUUUCAGUUCUAACAUGUUGAAUUUCUUGCAAUAUAGGCACACAUUGUUUUGGAUAUUUGUGUACCAUGGGAAUAUCUGUUUAGCUAGAGUUGAGGUAAUAAUAACAUAACCUAUGGAGCUACUCUAAUUUGGUUUUAUUAUUUAGAAACUUACUCUUAGUGGCCAAUGCAGAUAAUACCACUCAUGGCUCUUACCUGACAGAUUUUGAAACUUGGUAAGGAGAAGUAUGAAUGAAAUAACCUUUUCCAAAAAGUAUGGUGCAUUUAAUUGUUUGGUCACAUAAUGGGUCAGUUAAUGUGUCUGAUAAUGGUUUUGACUAUACUGCAGUCAAAACUGAUGCUGGUGCAAUUGUGUCUGUAUGGAGCCCUGUCAUAAUUUUGUGAGAAUUAUUGCUUUAACAUGUUCCCUUCUUUGCUUUUAACUUCGAAUCCUUUUUUUAUAUAUACUUAUAUUGAAGUUUUGGGGGCAAAAAUCCUCUACUGAUUGAAGUAUAUGGAAUAACGAUGAAGAUGAAUAAUCUAUGCUACAGAUCCUGAUCAAAUAAGUGCCCAGUUAACUGCUGAAGGUGGUUAUUUAGUACUGGAUAUGAUGUUUCCCUUACUCAUCUGAGAUCUUUCAUCAGCCAUCUCUGAAUCUAUUCAUUUUUUGUAAAGAAAUGUCAAAUAUUUGUAUGCAUUGUUGUUUUAUUUGAUUUGGUGGUAAUUAAAGUGAAAGUAUUAUUAUACCACUAUUUUAUGUUAUUAUAUCGUAUGUUGCGAUAUUGAUUGGGGCAGUUGUAGAAUGUGAUGAAUAUAGCAGGUACUUCUGAUGACACAAAUAGUGUGGUUUGUUCUCUUGGUGUAGCCAGCAAGGUUGUGCCGAGCACUGCACUGUUCAUGUGUCUGCGUGAAUUACAUUUACAUCUGCAACUGAUUUGUUAUUCACUGC